GGAACCAGCAGUAGCAGCUAUAAAUUUACAAAAGCCCUUAAUAAGGUCCCUUCUCACCUUUCCUCCUCCUUGUUCCUCUUCUCCGACCCAACAACCGAUCUCUCUCUCUCUCUCUCUCUCUCUCUCAUCUCCUGACUCCAAUAUGGGAAGAGGAAAGUUCAAGGGCAAGCCCACCGGCCACCGCCAUUUCUCCACUCACGAAGAGAUGGUUGCUGGCACCUCUUCUCGUCCCCGUAGUUUUAAAAGGGAAGAAGCUGAAGAGGAGGAAGAAGUAGAAUCUGAAGAGGAAUCAUCGUCAGAAGAAGAAUCAGAACAGAAGCGGAAGGGAACUCAGGGACUGAUAGAAAUUGAGAAUCCCAAUCUAGUGAAGCCAAAGAAUGUGAAGGCUAAAAAUGUUGAUCUUGAAAAAACAACUGAACUUUCCAGGCGUGAAAGGGAGGAAAUUGAAAAACAAAAGGCUCAUGAGCGAUACAUGAGGAUGCAGGAGCAGGGAAAAACCGAACAGGCCAAGAAAGAUCUAGAACGUUUAGCCAUGAUUCGCCAACAAAGGGCAGAGGCCGCUAAGAAGCGAGAAGAGGAGAAGGCUGCCAAGGACCAGAAGAAAGGCGAGGGACGCAAGUGAAAUAAAUUAUGGGGAAGCCCAGUAGAUGACUCUGGGCACCUUUCUCUUAUGUUUCUGUAUUAUCUGUAUUUCAAGCUAGCGUACAUUUGAAACAAUCUAUACUUUCUUAUUUACAUUAGUGUAUGAAAAUUGUUAUUUGUUUCGAUAUUUUAUGGAAAUAUGGUGUGGGAA